UGGCGGCCGCUGCCAAUGCCACCCCCACACUAUAUGGUCCAUGCACAACGAUGUCGAGCUGAUCCUCCCAGGUGACUUGUAUACCACUCGUGCCACGUCCAGGCUAUGGAGCCAAACAGGAUAACGACGCGUUUCGUACUACUCCUGGUGGUCGGCACGCUGAUCGUCUCGUCCGCCGCCGAGUAUGUCCGGCCUCCACCGGGCCGUGUCAUCCUCACGGAGCACGACAAACCCGCCUCCCACCCUCAACAGGUCCAUCUAUCGGUUGUCGGGGCGAACCAUAUGAGAGUUUCAUGGGUCACAGACGCCAAGCACGGGCACUCGGUGGUGGAGUACGGCAGGGCCUCCGGGAACUACACCUCGUCGGCCACCGGCGAGCACUCCUCGUACCGCUACUACCUCUACUCCUCCGGCAAGAUCCACCACGUCACGAUCGGACCUCUUGAUCCCGACACGGUGUACUACUACCGGUGCGGCAUGGUCGGCGACGAGUUCACCCUCAAGACCCCAACCGCCGCUCUCCCCAUCGAGCUCGCGCUCGCAGGGGACCUUGGGCAGACCGAGUGGACGGCGUCGACGCUGGCCCACGUCAGCAAGACGGACUACGACAUGCUGCUGGUGCCAGGCGACCUCGCCUACGCCGACACCCAGCAGCCGCUGUGGGACACGUUCGGGCGGUUCGUGCAGAAGCACGCGAGCCGGCGGCCGUGGAUGGUCACCGAGGGGAACCACGAGGUGGAGGCCGGGAUGGCGCUCCCGGGCUCGCCCAACCCGUUCCUCGCCUACACCACGCGGUGGCGCAUGCCGCACGAGGAGAGCGGGUCGACGUCCGCGCUCUACUACUCCUUGGACGCGGCCGGGGGCGCCGUCCACGUCGUCAUGCUAGGCUCGUACGCCGCCUUCAACUCCACCUCGGAGCAGUACGGGUGGCUGGCGCGCGACCUCGCCCGGGUCGACCGGCGCGCGACUCCGUGGCUCGUCGUGCUGCUGCACGCCCCGUGGUACAACACCAACGCGGCGCACGCCGGCGAGGGGGAGGCCAUGAGGAAGGCGAUGGAGCGCCUACUCUACGAGGCCCGCGUCGACGUCGUCUUCUCCGGCCACGUCCACGCCUACGAACGCUUCACAAGGGUCUAUGACAACGAGGCGAACCCGUGCGGGCCGGUGCACAUCACAAUCGGCGACGGCGGGAACAGAGAAGGGCUUGCAUUCGAUUUUCAGAAGAAUCAUAAGUUGGCUCGGCUCUCGUUGAUGAGGGAGGCGAGCUUUGGGCAUGGCCGGCUGAGCGUGGUGAACGCGACCGCGGCGCGCUGGGCAUGGCACCGCAACGACGACGCUGACUCCAUCGUCCGCGACGAGCUCUGGCUGGAGAGCCUGGCCGCCAACGGCGCGUGCCGGCGGACCCAACCCUUCCCUGGUUCUUGGAGCGAUGAAUUGUAGGCUUGCUACAUUGUCAGGUUUACGGGCCCUAACUUCUGUUCUCAAGAUCUUCCAAUUCGGGGAUGCGCAGAAGCGAGGACGCGCGUGGCUGUUUUGACGUAGACCGAAGCAUGCGUGGUAAAAUAUCUCACAAGGAAGCAGAAGUAGUUUUCUUUAUCUUGUAUACUUACCAAUAUGGAGUGAAAUGCAAAAGCCAGCGCAACAGUGAUGGACAUCUUAAAA